GUGAAUCUUUUUCUGAGGUAAGAUCCACCCAGCGUUCCCUGCCGGACUGCACCAGACGGCCGUGGCUGUCUGACCCGCCUCGGGGCCACGCGGGAGCUGGCGCUGGCAUGAGGGAUGUGAUUCGUGUGUCUGUCUGUGCGAUUUUAUAAAGAUGUUGCCGGGCAGCUGUGAUUAUCAGUUAUCGGAUCAUUAACAUUCCUGAAGUCAGUGGCUGAGUGCAUUCCCGCGCAGUCAUGCUUAACAUUCGCGACAGGUAACUUUUAAUUGUCAAGAAAUAUAAGAAAAUGUUGAUGCAAACCAGUACGAGCAGAGUCGAUGGGAAACUCAAAUACUUAAAUGAUAUAAACGUUGCAGAAAUGCAUUGCCCGUUCAAUCUAUUAUAUUUUGUUCGGUCAUUUGUUCGUUCGCCUUUCGAUAAUGAUCCUACUCUUAUAAGAUCUUUCGUUCUAGAUCCAUGCUUCGUUCAACAUGAUAUUUAGUGUUAGAAGCUUUAAUUAUUUUCCUUAAUCGGUAAAUUGAAUUCCCUGUGUAAUGAUGAUGAUGAUGAUAAUAAUGAUAAUAAUAACAACGAUAGUGACAACAAUAAUAAAGGUAAUAUUCAGUACAGUUCGUUAAAAGGAAGAACAAAGUCACUCUUUUAUCAACAAGACGCAAAACAGAUUCAUACACGUGUCACCAGAAGUUUGAAUCAAAUGUUUGUUCACCUUUCUCGUAUGAUGACCGCGUUACUGUUUGUUUACAUGCACUCAGCACGCUCCGUAUGACCUGUAAGGCGGUGCAAGGGUCUGUCUUGUUUCGCUGCCUGUGUUCCAAUGAGUUAUGAAAGACGGGGGGACGGCGUGUAGGAAGUGGUGAUGUGAUUAGGCUGACUCAGAAGCUUCUCACUGGACUCCUUGAUGUGCUGCAGGUCCUUGCCAGUAUGUGUGUGUGUGUGUGUGUGUGUGUGUGUUAGUUCAGUUGUUCCCGAGGUCGCCAGUUUCUCGCACACUCAUCCGGAAAGAGCAUAGAGCAAGUCUGAUUCAUGGGUAAGGGAACGCACACAAAGGAGGCAAGUUACCGGCAGAGGCACACCACAGACACCUCCUGCGUCUUGUUCAUGGAGGACGGCAGCUGCGGUGAAAGUCUUGCCCGAAAGUAAACAUUCAAGUAAACACUCCCGCCAAAAUAGCAUAUGAAUAUGACCAGAAGUGUUCAUAUGUGAUGCUGGCAUUAGUGAAAGAAGGAAAAUAAAAUUUUGAUCGUAAUACAACCCUAAAUGCUACCAGUAAACCAAUAAAUAAAUAUGUAAAAGAAAAUAAUUUAGAUGUUAUUGCUACCAAGAAAACUAAAAAGAAAAAGAAUGUGUUAAAAACUGAAUGAUAAUGUUGUCACGGAAAAUAAAAAAAAGAAAGAAAGAAAAAGUAUUACGACAACACCACCACAAAAACACUAGAAAGGAAAGAUAUGAUAAAGAGAAUGAAAGAGAACCUCAGAAUUAAGCGAGGUAUAAGAACAGGUGGAUGGAUCUUAUGACCGUAGGAAGCAACUUAUGUAAAUCUGGACAUACUGCAAGGUACAAUGAACGGCCAUCUAACCACAGUGCUGCUUGAUGUACAGAGGUCCAUUGGCUCCGGGGAGGGAAGAAGCGAUAUUAGCAUUGAGGAUGAUUUUCUGGCUGAUUUGGAGACUGAUCCAGAGACCUCGGGUUACGAUGGUUCGGGGGAUGAGGGCGACGACAGCAUGCCAGUCCCACCCCCAUUCCCUCCACCCAUGCCUCCUCCUCUGCCGGCUGGAAGAAGGAAAAGUGGAUUCGCAAUGCCAGGGCCAAAGGGAGACAAGGGCGAUCCAGGACCCAGGGGUCCUCCUGGGGAAUCUGUGGCAGGGCCUCCAGGUCCCCCGGGACCUCCUGGCCCACCAGGGAUAAGCUAUGCCCUAGGGAUGCCAGACCUUGGCUCUGGAGAUGGCGAGGAUCUGCUACCGAUAGGGUUCAGAGAAGGAGAGCGAGGACCCCCAGGCCCUGAGGGAGAAUGUUACUGCAAUAUGAGCUAUGUGGUGGCUACUGUGGUUGCCAAGCUGCCCAAGGGCUUACCAGGUCCCCAAGGACCUCCAGGGCGUGAUGGUGUGCCAGGCACCCCAGGAACCUCUGGGCAGCCAGGUGCCCCUGGAGAGAGAGGGCCUCUAGGGCCAGCUGGGCAAAAAGGAGGGAUGGGUGAGAUGGGCAGUCCAGGGCCGGAGGGACUGCAAGGACCUAAGGGUGAAGCAGGAAUGGAUGGAGCACCUGGGUUGCCAGGGGAACGAGGACCACAGGGACCACCAGGACCUCCAGGCUGGGGCAAUGCAGGUGUUGAUCCCAUGUGGAAACCUCGCACCAUGUUCAAGGUAGAUGGCGGCAUGGGCUUGGCUCCAGCACGGCCAGGGACUCCAGGGACCCCUGGCACAAAGGGUGAUGAGGGUCCAAGGGGUCCCCGUGGUGACCGAGGAUACCCUGGCCCCAAGGGAGACCGCGGUGACAUAGGCAAGAAGGGAUCCAAAGGAGAACGGGGUCUUCCAGGUACAGCAGGGGAGUCAGGCCCCAAGGGAGAACCUGGUGUUCCAGGUAUGAAUGGAGCACCAGGACCCCCAGGCUUUGGUGGUGUGCCAGGGACUCUAGGUGUACCGGGGGAGAAAGGUGAGCGUGGUGACCCAGGGAUAGGAGAACCAGGACCUCCUGGAGAGCCUGGGGGCCUGUCAGACAGGGAUCGCAGGAUUAUCUUGGAGGAGCUCAUUGAGACCCUGGAUGCCAAGACUGGUGGGGUGGAUGGCUCAUCUGGAAGUGGCUUCAGCCUCUACAACACUCCAGGUGGUGUUCCAUGGUUAGAAGUGGAUGAUGACGAGGAUUUGAACUCGGAAGGAUCUGGACUCAAGUACAAACCUUUCUAUUCCAAGACUGGAUCUGGACUCCGGGGACAACCUGGACCUCCAGGACCACCAGGACUCCCAGGGGUGAAUGGGAAGGAAGGGGAUGUAGGGCCUCCAGGGCUGCCUGGACCACAGGGCACUCCUGGACUGAAGGGUGAGCCUGGCAUUCCUGGGAUGGAUGGAGUGCCUGGAAUAAUUGGUCCAGUAGGUCCUCCUGGCCUGAAAGGAGACAUGGGACCUCCUGGUCCUCCUGGACCCAUUACCACUGUCAUCCAGCCAGAUGGUACAAACGUUACAGUGGUUAAGGGUGCCAAGGGUGAGCGGGGAAAACGAGGCAAACGAGGCCGCCGAGGAAAGCCAGGUCCACCUGGGCCUCUGGGUGACCUAGGCCUCCCUGGGUGGCCGAAUGACACUGUUGUCGGAGCCCCAGGUCGGCCAGGACCCCCAGGACCUCCAGGAUCUGCAGUAAAAGGUGAAAGAGGAGAACCUGGACCUCCAGGACCUCCAGGACCCCCAAGUGGUGGUGGUGGUGGUUUCCUGAAUGGUCUACUGGGUGGGGGCACACCUGGUACUGAAGAACAGCCUGUAAAUCAAGGCCUUCCAGGACCACCUGGAUUGCCUGGUCCUCCAGGUCUGCCAGGCCCACCGGGUGCACCGGGUGCUCCAGGGUCAUCAGGUCCACCUCUCCCUCAUGGAGGGGAAAAGCAAAUGUUCAUACCUGUGCCUGGCCCACCUGGGCCACCUGGACCACCAGGACUACGAGGCCCUCCAGGUCUGUCUAUUGUGGGUCCAGAAGGCCCACCAGGUGAGCCUGGUAUGUCCCGCCGUGGCUACCCAGGUAAGGCAGGGCCUCGGGGCCCUCCAGGCCCUGCCGUUCCUGGACCAAGAGCGGCUUCAGGAAGUCUUGGAGGUAUUGUUGAACUUCGUCGGCGUAUUGCAGGCCGACGCAGGAAUCAAGGUCCCCCGGGCCCACCUGGCCCUCCUGGUCGCUCUGCAGAUGGGGAGUGGGAAGGAGGUACACCACAGCCAACCAUUGUGCCAGGGGCCAUCACUUUCCCUGACAGGGAAGCUAUGCUCAAGAUGAGUUCAGUGUCACCAGUAGGAACCCUUGCCUUUGUGGUGGAGGAAGAGGCAUUAUUGGUGCGGGUUGAAGCUGGAUGGCAAUACGUUGCAUUGGGUUCAGUUGUGCCAUUACCCAGCACCACCCCAUCUCCACUCACCACCCCUGACCACCUGGAGACACACAAACCCCCAGGCCUUGUGGUGGACUCCCUUGUCAGCAUUUCUGUUGAAGGUCCCAGGCGAGGAUUUCCUCACAUGUUGAGGAUGGCAGCUCUCAACGAGCCUUUCACCGGAGACAUGCGAGGAGUGAGGGGAACAGAUUACGCUUGUUAUAGACAGGCCAGGAAGGCAGGACUGAAGGGAACUUUCAGGGCACUUCUCACAUCGCGUGUACAAAAUUUGGAUUCCAUUGUGAGAUAUUCAGACCGAAAUUUGCCAGUGGUCAAUCUUAAGGGAGAAGUGCUGUUUAAUUCCUGGAAUGAAGCUUUCUCUGGUUCAGGAGGAGUCUUUGCACAGAAACCUCGCAUUUUCAGCUUCGAUGGCAAGGAGGUUCUGAGUGAUCCAACAUGGCCCCAAAAAUAUGUAUGGCAUGGUUCAACUGUUCAUGGUGAGAGGUCCCUGUCAUCUUAUUGUGAUGCCUGGAACAGUGAUGGACAGGAAAUUGUUGGUCUUGCUUCCUCCCUCCUCAAGAAGCAGUUGCUGGACCAGGAGCGUAUGAGCUGCCAGAAUUCAUUCAUAGUGCUAUGCAUCGAGGCCACUAGUCAGUCAGGCUCUCGCCGCAGGCGCCACGCAGCCUCCAGGGACCAGGAGCUGACCAUUCAGCAGUAUGAAGAAUUCCUGAAAGCAAUUUACAAGGAGCCUGGUGAAUGAACUAUGAAUGAAUAGAAGUCUGAAAAGUCAUGAUUUUAUCCCUUAUUUAUGUGUCAUCAUAUUCCAUGUGAUGCAUUAUUUUUGUUACAUGAUGGUGAGAGUGGGAGGCUUUUUGCAUUUACUCAAAGAAUGUUCCCACGUGAACUUGUGCUGUACGAAGGAGUGAAAGUGAGAGGCUACAGAAACACACUUUGUGUAAGUCAACUCUUCCAGUAGUGUAAUUAACUUAUCAUGGAAUACAUAGCAGUGCAUUGUGCUCCAUCAUCUUUUAUAAUUUUUCAUGUAGCUGAUUUAGCAUUUAAAAAGGGGGUUUCAUAAGAAUGUAUAGAAUUUGUACUUUUAAUACUUUGUUUUUUUGUAAAUUCUUUGUAAUUAGGACUAUUGAAUUUAAUUUGCAAUUUAGUCUUACAGUUUGCAAAUUCCUCGUCGUGUUCCUGCACACAUUGUUUGUAAAUUUCCAUAACAUCAUUCAGUAUUGUUAAUUAUGUAUAAAAUGGUAUAUUGAUCGCUGUAGACUUGGUAUAGCUAUUUCUCAUGUUUUGCAUGCUAGUCUGCUGAUUGGAAUCCUUGCAAUUAUAUUUUAAUAUAAUAAAUAUGACAUAUAUUGUUGUCUGCUAUACAACUGAGAUGGAUCUUCAGAGCAUUUAUCUUUACCAAUGAUAUUUACCUCAGUUCUGCAUUUAUGUGAUUACUCUGCAACAGUCAUCAUGGAUGAUGAAUCAGUCUGCUUUGAUUUUAUAAUGCUAUUUUUUUUUUUAAUUUGCUUACAACCUUUAUACAAUUAGCUAUGUCUUCACAUCAGAGUACAUAAACUAGCUUUAUUUGUCUUUGAGCAUUCAGGUGCUGUAUCUGUAGGUGUUGUGCUACAGUUUUCACAAGGAUAUUCUACCUUGCAGAUCUUUUUAGACAAAAAACUCUGCCUAUCCUAUGUGCAUAUGUCUCCCAAAAUCCUUUUCUCUCUUCCUAGCGGCAUCCCAGUGAGCUCUAUGAAUAUUCAUAAUACAACUCAACAAAGGGAGGGAUAGAAUGUCCUGCUAAUGAUCAAUAACUGGAAUGAGAUAGACUCACCUCAUCAGUGGUUAUACAUUAUUUGUAAUAAGUGAAAAAUUUUAAAGACCUUUAGAUUUGAAAAUUUGGAGGUUCAGUAGAAGGGCAAGAGAUGUGAGUAUUAUUUAACUGUUUUAUAGGAUGUAUUUAAAAUGCAAUAAUAUGCCCUCAUUAUCUUUAGCCAGGUUUCAUUACUGUAAUUCUACUUUCAUGUUACCACGAUGCAAUCAGUCCAUGAGUAUGUAUAUUUUUUUAUAUUGAUAAGAUAUUAUUUCUUCAGGUAAUAGAUAAGUGCAUUACAUACUUCAACUGUAUGAUCAUUAUGUGUGGUAAAUUUGCUAAGCACCAAAUUACAGCAGUUUUGUUGAAAAUAUCAAACUAAUUCAUGCCUCUUUGGAGCUGAUGUUGAAGGUCACAUGCAAGACAGAUUUGCUGUUCUGUGUACAGAGACCAGACACAAAAACAUUCACUAAAAGCCCAUAUCCACAUCUUUUGUAUUAUAGACAAAUAUCUUCAUGCAGAGAAAACAUCAUGUCAUUAAAGUUCCAAAGAAAAUAUUUUUGUUAUGCUUGACUUAUUAAAUGUUACCAUUUGUAUGACUCAUAUAUUUGACGUGUGAAAGACGUUUUCACUAAUUACACAGGUGUCAUAUUUAAAAUACUGCAUUUUAGAAUACCCACACUGUAUGUUCACCUGCAGUUAACUAGUCAUGUUCAGAAUGUUUGUACGAAUGCUUAGUGUGAAUGUACAUAGUUGUCCCUUCUGUUAAUGUAGCUUUACUUUUUAUGUAAUGUGAAGAAUUUAGCAUGAUUAAGUGACACUAGGAGGAAGUUAAUUUCAAGAAAACUUAAAAAACUGCCAUCAUGUAUUAUGUACUUUGUAUGAAAUAUAAAUGCAAACUUCUGUGAAAUGCAAAAUAAAAUAACUUUCCUUUCAGAAAAUUAUAUAAAAUCAUGCUACUUUUGUAUGCAUAAAUAAAACAAUGCAACAACAGUUGAAUUUCAUAAUUUUGCAGUGAUCUCAUGUAAUUGUAACAAUUAACAGAAAGGUUAUAUUCUUGAUCAGGUGACACAGUACAUUGAUGGCUCCCAUAGAUUAUUAUUUACUAGAAUGAAACAGAUUUUCAUUUGGUAAAUCAUUCCUAGCAUAAAUGUGCAUCUUUGUCAUAAUUUGUUACAGUAGGAAUUCAACUUUAGCAUUCCGAACAAUAAAUGUGAAAAUCUG